AUGGGCCGGUCAAGAUCACCUUCCAGAGAAAGACGAAGUCGAUCGAAGAGCGGAGGUCGACGAUCACGCUCGCUGGAAAGAAAUCAUCGAGGGCGAUCAUCACGCUCAUCCUCUCCGAAGACUAAUACUGUCGCCGUUUUCAACUUAAGUUACAGAUCAGAUGAGCGAGAAAUUGAGAGGAUUUUCGAACGAUACGGGCCAAUCAAGAAAUGUAAUGUCGUUGGCGGGCGAAACUCGCACCGAAGUAGCUCGAGCACGGGAUUUGCUUUCAUAACGUUUGAAAGAAUGGACGACUGCAAAGAAGCGAAAGAAGAUGCUCAUGGAAUGGAGAUUGAUGGGAACAUAAUUCGAACUGAUUACUGUAUUUCGGACGGACAGAGAAGGAAAAGACGGGAUUUCUACGUUUCUCCUGACAGAGCUUAUCGAAGGCGCAGGAGUCGAAGCUACGAGCGAAGCUAUCGAAGAAGCCAUCGAUCACGAAGCAGAGAAGAUCGCCGCCGCCGCUCGCCUUCUCCCUAUAGCCGCCGCCGACGAUCGCGAUCCUAG